AUGGAAAACAUGACCGACGUCGAACCAGUAUUUCAAACGUUGGCAAUUGGUAUCGCGAAACAGGCGACGGACGCCAAUGGCAAAAUUACGCACUCGCUUGACCUAGUCAAUUCAGACAUUUCCCCGUUCAAAAAAUUCUCAAAGAAAGACUCCAUCACCCUACAAAAUAUACUUACAUUCAGCGGCGACUUGGGUCCUUUUAAGCUCGAUAUAUUCUUUGACACAGACACAUACGAUGUUAAUGGCAGCAUAAAGGUUUUUGGACAUUCCAUUCUUGGAGUCGCACUCAACGCAAAGACCCUGGAUGACCUCAAAUACAAUAUCGGUAUAGCCAAGGGCGACUUAUUCUUCUAUAUUGUAAACAACAACGAGCUGUGGGUGCAUCUAAAAUGUGAUCCUUUCGUUGGCAGAACGUACAACAAAGAGUCGAAGCUUUUCCAGUUUUAA